CAUGGUCUCUACUGCGCAUGACCAAGCCUUCACUCCCGAGUUGCCGUGCUGGAGCUAACUGGCUUCCUAAACUCGCCUCCUAACUCCUCUUCCCCUCUGCUAAGCCGAGUCUGAUCCAGACAAAUGGACAACAAGUCGUCGAGGAGUUCGGCUCAGAGAAUCGUCCUCGACUGGGAAAUGCUGCUCGGCUCAAAUUGAAAGAAAACCAAACUUCCAGCGUGAAGUCGUCGACAAAAAGAAUCCGGAUACGCGCCGCUGCCGUUAUUACGAGUCCAAGAUGUCCGUCAGCAGCCACGAAAACCGCAAGUCCCGCUCCAGCUCGGGCUCCAUGAACAUCCACCUCUUCCACAAGACGUCGCACGCCGACAGCCUCCUGACGCAGCUCAACCUGCUCCGCAAGCGCAAGGUCUUCACCGACGUGGUCCUGAAGGCCGGGAAGCAGGCCUUCCCGUGCCACCGCGCCGUCCUGGCCUCCUGCAGCCGCUACUUCGAGGCCAUGUUCAGCGGCGGCCUGCGGGAGAGCCGCGACACCGAGGUGGACUUCCACGACUCGCUGCACCCGGAGGUGCUGGAGCUGCUGCUGGACUACGCCUACUCGGCGCGGGUCAUCAUCAACGAGGAGAACGCGGAGUCCCUCCUGGAGGCGGGCGACAUGCUCCAGUUCCACGACAUCCGGGACGCGGCGGCGGAGUUCCUGGAGAAGAACCUGCACCAGUCCAACUGUCUGGGCAUGAUGCUGCUGUCGGACGCCCACCAGUGCCAGAGACUGUACGAGCUCUCGUGGAGGAUGUGUCUCGCCGACUUCGCCACGCUCUACAAAACCGAGGACUUCCUCAACCUCCCCAGGGACAAAGUGCGGGAGCUGACGCUCAGCGAGGAGCUGGAGGUGGAGGACGAGAGCCUGGUGUACGAGGCCGUCAUCGACUGGGUCAAGGCCGACAUGGAGAGGCGGCACGGCGAGCUGCCGGAGCUGCUGCGCUGCGUGCGGCUGGCGCUGCUGCCGGAGACGUACCUGCUCAACAACGUGGCCUCGGAGGAGCUGGUCAUGUGCCACAAGGUGGGCCGGGAGAUCGUGGAGGACGCCGUGCGCUGCAAGAUGCGGAUCCUGCAGAACGACGGCAUCGUGACGGGAUUCUGCGCCCGGCCCAGGAAGGUCAGCCAGGCCCUGCUGCUGCUGGGCGGCCAGACCUUCAUGUGCGACAAGGUCUACGUCAUCGACAACAAGACCAAAGAGAUCACGCCCAAAACCGACAUCCCCAGCCCCAGGAAGGAGUGCAGCGCCUGCGCCAUCGGCUGCAAGGUGUACGUCACAGGGGGGCGUGGCUCCGAGAACGGCGCCUCCAAAGACGUCUGGGUCUACGACACUCUGCACGACGAGUGGUCCAAAGCGGCGCCCAUGCUGGUCGCCAGGUUCGGACACGGGUCGGCGGAGCUGGACCACACGCUGUACGUCGUGGGAGGACACACCUCUCUGGCGGGGUCCUUCCCCGCUUCCCCCUCCGUGUCGCUCAAACAGGUGGAGCAGUACGACCCUCAGACGAACAAAUGGGCCCUGGUGGCGCCGCUCAGAGAGGGCGUGAGCAACGCCGCCGUGGUCGGCGCCAAAAACAAGCUGUUUGCCUUCGGAGGAACCAGCGCCAACAGGGACAAGUACCCCAAGGUGCAGUGCUUCGACCCCUGCCAGAACCGCUGGACCGUCCCGGCGACGUGUCCGCAGCUUUGGCGCUACACGGCGGCGGCGGUCGUCGGGAGCCACGUGGUCGUGAUCGGCGGCGACACGGAAUUCUCCGCCAGCUCCGCGUACCGCUUCAACAGCGAGACGUACCAGUGGUCCAAGUUCGGCGACGUGACGGCCAAACGGAUCAGCUGCCACGCCGUGGCGUCGGGGAACAGACUCUACGUGGUCGGCGGCUACUUUGGGGCGCAGAGGUGCAAGACGCUAGACUGCUACGACCCGUCGUCGGACUCCUGGGACAGCGUGACCAGCGUUCCCUACUCGCUCAUUCCCACGGCCUUCGUCAGCACAUGGAAGUACCUGUCAGCCUAGAGACCUCACCUGGACCGCAUCCUGGCGACUGUGACCACGGCAACCGGGACGAAGGGCCGGCGUUCCCAGGGUGAUCGGACAUUGGAUCCCAAGUCCUGGAAAGCAAAGACCGCCGGAUGCGUUUGUGUGCCACUCCCCACUUGGCGCCUCUUUGGUGGCAGGUGGCUCCAGGUACCGUGCGGGCUUUGGAGCGAGCGCGGUGGAAGCCGCUUAUGUCGACAACCCGUUUUAUGACUGAAAAGUCACAUUUCUGUGACAAAUGUUGAUAAUAAUAACUAAUGAUAUUAAUACUUUGUUACCUGUAACUAAAAAAUAUGUUUGUCUGUUUUAAGCAGUUUUCAUUUUUACAAAAUAAAAAAUAAAAAUAGCCUCCAUGUUCUGAGGGUAAAAUGGGACAGAAUAAAUAUUUAAUUAAUGUUCUUAAUUUAAGGUAAAACAAAAAAAAAAUACGUAUAAUUAUUUCACAAUUUAUAACAAUUUUUAAUUGAUUACUUUACGAUUUAAUUAUUUUUUUAUUUUUGAACUAUUUAAAUUGUGAAAUAAUUAAGCUGUUAAUUAAAUACAUUUUUAAAUGAAAUUGCCGGCAGAUUCGAUAACACAUUUAUGUAUUUAAUUCCAAUUCAACCCAAUUAUUGACACAUUUAGGUCAUUAAUUACAUGUUAAGUAAUGAAUUAAAUGUUAAAUAAAUAAAUGAAAUGUUGUAAAUGGCAAAUAAAUUGUAAAAUUAAUAAUUGUGAAAUAAAACUACUAUUAAAAAAAAAAAUAAAAUAAAUAAUGGCACAUUUAUUAACACGUUUUAACUCCAAAUUUACUUAAUGACACAUUUAAAUAAUUAAUUAAAUAAAUAUAAUUUUGAAUCAAUAAAAUUUUACACAAUAAUGUAAUUGCAAAAUGAAUAAUUAUUUAAAUUGUUGAAUGGAUAAUUCAAUUGUAAAAUUAUGAAUUUAACUAUUUAAAAUGUGAACUAGUUAAGCUGUUAAUUAAAUAGAUUUUUAAAUGAAAUUAUUGGCAGAUUCAAUAACACAUUUAUGUAUUUAAUUCCAAUUCAACCCAAUUAUUGACACAUUUUGGUCAUUAAUUACAUGUUAAGUAAUGAAUUAAGUGUUAAAUAAAUAAAAACCCAUCCAUCCAUCCAUUUUUUACCGCUUAUUCCCUUUGGGGUCGCGGCGGGCGCUCGUGCCUAUCUCGGCUACAAUCAAGCAGAAGGCGGAGUACACCCUGGACAAGUCGCCACCUCAUCAAAACAAUUUUGUAAAUGGUCAUUUAAUUGUAAAAUUAAUAAUUGUGAAAUAAAACUACAAAAAUAUUUUUAAAACAAAGUAAUGGCAAAUUUGAUCACUUUUAACUCCAAUUUUACUUAAUUAAUGACACAUUUAAAUAACUAAUUAUAUGUCAAGUAAUGAAUUACAUUUUGAAUAAAUUAAAUUGUACAAAAUAGUUUCAUUGCAAAAUGAUUAAUUAUUGAAAUAAAUUGUGAAAUAGAUAAUUAAAUUGUAAUUUUUCUAUUUUUUGAAUUAUUUAAAUUGUGAAAUAAUUAAGCUGUUAAGUACAUUUUUAAAUUAAAUUAUUGGCAGAUUUAAUAACACAUUUAUGUAUUUAAUUCCAAUUCAACCCAAAUACUAACAUAUUUAAGUAAUAAAUUACAUGUUAAGUAAUUAAUUAAAUGUUAAAUUAAUUGCAUUGUGUAAAUGAUAAUACAUUUUAAAAUUAAUAAUUGUUUCAUUUAUUUAUUUUGGAAAUAAAACUGCAAAAAUUAUUUUGAAAACAAAUUAAUGGCAGAUGUAACAAUAUUUUAACUACAAUUUUACUUAAUUAUUGGCACAUUUAAAUAAUUAAAUGUUAACAAACAAAUACUAUUUUGAAUAAAUUCAUUACAUUGUAGAAAAGAUAAUUAAAUUGUAAAAUGAUGAGGCUUUUAAAUAUUUUUUUCAAACAAAUUAAUGGCAGAUUUAGUAAUACCUUAAUGUAUUUAAUUCCAAUUUAACCUAAUUAUUCACACAUUUAAAUCAUUAAUUAAAUAUUAAGUAAAUAAUUAUUUAGUAAAUACAUCAAUGAAAUUGUGAAAAAUAAAUUUUAAUUUCAAAAUUAUUAAUUAUUGAAGUAAAUUGUGAAAUAGAUCAUUAAAAUGUAAAUUUGUAAUUUUUUGAAUUAUAUAAAUUGUGAAAUAAUUUAGCUGGUAAGUACAUUUUUAAAUUAAAUUAUUGGCAGAUUUAAUAACAAAUUUUUGUAUUUAAUUCCAAUUCAACCCAAAUACUAACAUAUUUAAUUAAUAAAUUACAUGUUAAAUAAUGAAUUAAAUGUUAAAUUAAUUACAUUGUGUAAAUGAUACUACAUUUUAAAAUUAAUAAUUGUUUCAUUUAUUUAUUUUGGAAACAAAACUGCAAAAAUUAUUUUGAAAACAAAUUAAUGGCAGACGUAACAAUGUUUUAACUACAAUUUUACUUAAUUAUUGACACAUUUAAAUAAUUAAAUGUUAAGUAACAAAUACUAUUUUGAAUAAAUUAAUUACAUUGUAGAAAAGAUAAUUAAAUUGUAAAAUGAGGCUUUUAAAUAUAUAUAUUUUUUUAAUUAAUGGCAGAUUUAAUAAUACCUUAAUGUAUUUAAUUCCAAUUUAACCUAAUUAUUCACACAUUUAAAUCAUUAAUUAGAUAUUAAGUAAAUAAUGAUUUAGUAAAUACAUCAAUUAAAUUGUGAAAAAUAUAUUUUAAUUGCAAAAUGAUUAUUUGAAUAAAUUGUGAAAUAAUUAACAUUUUAAAAUUAUUAUUUUAAUAUUUAAAUUGUAAAAUAAUUAAGCUGUUAAAUUUAGCAAAAAUUAAAAUUUUGGCAGUUUUAGUAACAAAAUCAUGUAUCUAAUCCCAAUUCAACCCAAUUAACACAUUUAAGUCAUUAAUUAUAUUUUAAGUAAUGAAUUAAAUGUUAAAUUAAUUAAAUUGUGUAAAGGAUCAUUUGGUAGUAAAAUAACUAAUUAUUGAAAAAAAAUGUUAAAUAGAUCGUUGGAAAAUAAUUAAUUUGUGAAAUAAUCAAACUGUCAAUUAAAUACAUUUUUAAAUAAAAAUAUUGGCAGAUUUAAUAACACAUUUAUGUGUGUAAUUCCAAUUCAACCCAAUUAUUGACACAUUUGGGUCAAUUGAAUGUUGAAUAAAUACAUUAAAUUGUGUAAAAUGAUUAAUUAUUGAAAUCAAUUGUGAAAUCGAUAUGCUGGAAAAUAUUCAAUUUGUGGAACAAUCAGGCUUUUAAUUAGAUGUAUUUAAAUUAAUUUAAUAACACAUUUAUUUAUUGAAUUCCAAUAAUUAUUGACACAUUGAAGUCAUUAAUUAAAAUAUGUAUUUUUAUGGUGGCAACACAACUUCUGUCUAAUUUCACGGCAUUGAAACACACAUCCACUUCCUGUUCAGUGCAGAGUGAGCUUCAAAAUAAAAGCACGGCAGUAUUACCACAGCAACUAACAAAAUGCACACGUUUCAUGCCAAAAUAUCCACCCGGACGGACAUCGGCACCAUAAAAUAAGUUCUUCCAUCUGCGGUAUUUUGGUGUACAAAACCACCGUAGAUUUUACGUGGAAAUUGUCUUGUUUCUGUCGACGGCCGCGUACGUCGACAUAAGCGGCUCCCGAGUGCUUCUCCUCGGUCUCAAACUCCCGACUGAACCCAGUAAGACGAACUGAGGCCAAGGCGAGGUUUUUGUGCGCCUUCCUGUUUCUAUUCUGAGAGCUUUUGGACGUGGGUCAAGUUGAAAAGUCUUAACUUCCUCCCGAAGUCAAAAUAAAAGCUGGCGACGUUACGCUGAAGAAGACUUUUAGUGUCUCAGGGUUUUCUACUCUUUGUAUUCAUGCUGUCUUUGUUUGAAUGUACUUUUUUUUUGUUUUUAAUCGACAAAAGGUUUUUGUUUGGAGAGAACAUGUGCAGUGUUUUGUUUUUAUUUUGAAAGUGAGCUUUUUUUUUUUCUCACGGCACUGCCAGAACCUGACUAGUAAAAGUUAUUUAUAGCGACUUCAAUAGUGCAUAGUUUGUAUAUUUUCCUAAGGACUAUUUUUAUUUUGUGCACAGUCUUAACUUGAAAUGUUUGUCUUAACCCAGCUGGUGAAAUCUUUGUAACUUAACUCGUCCGUUAAUAAAAAUGUCAUUUUGUUCAUUAAAAAAA